AUGUACAGAAUAGAUGUUUCAGAUUUUUAUGACUUCCAAGCAUUCAGAAAUAUGUGUCCAUUUCGAGACUAUAACAAAGCAGUCGAGAAUUUGAAACGUUUAGUCAUUUAUGUCGACUCUGCCCCAGAAUGUUAUGUUAUGAAAGAAUGGGAUGUAGUCUUUAACAAACCAAGAGCAACAAUAGUUUCAGAACAAGAAUGUAGACAGAAACUUAAGAAAAUAAAAGUUGUACAAGUUGGCAUGAAGAUGUUAGAUGCUUGGGAUAUCUUAUUGUCAAAGUUAGAAGAUUUUUCAGUUGGUAUAAAGUUCUAUACACCUUCUCCAAACUUCUAUUCUAUCUUCACUGGAUAUAAAUACGAACAAGUAGAAUGGAAAGAAAAUAUUAUAGAAGCUUGGUUAGACCAUGUCAAAGAAAUUAUAUGCAAUGGAAACGAAAGAGUCUAUGAGUAUAUCUUAUGUUGGUUUGCAAAUAUCUUACAACAUCCAAGUGCUAAAAAUGAAACUGCUCUCAUUAUAAUUGGAAAACAAGGAACUGGUAAGAAUACUUUCUUUACAGAUAUUUUGUGCAAACUGUUAGAAGGUUAUUCGAAUCCGAAUAUGACAAACUUAGAAAACAUCUGUGGCAAGUUUAACUCCUCAAUAGAGAAUAUGAAACUUAUAGUUUGCAAUGAACUUCAAAGUAUAGAUACAACAAAAGUUUUGAACUCAGAUGCUUUGAAGAGUCUUAUAACAGACAAAGUUGGUGUUGUUGAAAGAAAGUAUAAAGACUCAAGAGUUUGUGAGAAUGUUGCAAACUUCAUUAUGGUUUCAAACAAUACUGUUCCGAUGAAGUUAGAAA